AUGGCAAGGAUACUCAUGGUUGGCCUGUUCGUCGCCGCAGCGCUGGCGAACCCCAUCGAUGAAAGAGGCCUCAACUGCCAGGCCUUGGACGAUAUUAUCACCAUCAUGCACGCCCAGCGUGUAGCCACGCCCUUCUGCAGCACCGUUCUCCAGAUCCCGACCAUAACCCAGACAUCCACCUGCACUUCAACACCCAAGCUGGUGACCGUGAAGAAGACUGUGGAUGUUACCGACACCGUGACAGCAUUCACCACAACCACUUUCUACGGUACGACCACCGUCUAUCCUGUUGUUGCCAUCAGUACCACCUCCACUUGUGCUUUGGGCGCCACUAUUGUGCCAACGACUAUUACCGCUGCCACGACUACAGCUGCCGCCCCAACCAAGAAGGCCAAGCGUGCUGCACAAGGCUGGCCACAAACUACCACUGCCAUCGGCACCCCCACUUGUCUCGGCAACUACAAGGGAUCCGCCUUGACAUCGGCUUGCUCAUGCCUCAACAUCCCGACCCCGACCUCCGUCGUCAUCACGACGACCACCUUGCCCACAUCGACGAUCACAAAGGUCAUCGCGGGUACAUGCUCAGUAACAGUCACCAGCACCCUCUCCACGACCUCCUUCACAUCAACCUACAGCGCAACGCAGUUCUACACCAGCACCUUCACCAUCCUCCCCGCCCCAACCAGCACCGUCACCCUCCCCGACGGCGAAGUCUAUGGCGUCUACAAUAACCUCGAUUUCGCCGGCCAAGAUAUCCAGAACUUCUUCUGCUAUAAGAAUGGUCCUUCGGCACCAGCACCCUUCCAACCAUCUUGCCAGAGCUUCAAUGACUGUGUGUCCGAGUGCGGAUACUACAACGACCAGAAGCUGGGCGCUUCGCAGAAUCUCACCUGCGGUGCUGUUGUGUACAAUGCUCCUGCUGAUGAAAGCUCGGGCUCUUGCUACUUGAAGACCGGGCAGACCGGCUGUGGCUCGACGAACAGCCUGGUCAACACUGGUGUGUUGCUUCCACUUAUCCCUAACGAUGUGCAGUAA